AUGGCCCAUCUACCAUCCUACAAGCAGGCGAUUGAUGAUCCUAGCAUCCCCCUCCUUGUCUCAAGCUACCUGAAUGCAGCCGAUUUGCUUCUUUGCGCCUGUGUAAACAAGGAAUGGUACAAUGUAUUCAACCCUUUGAUAUGGGCAGAUCCCGUUGCUAUCAUUGCGAAACAAAGUAAUCCAUUUAGUAAGUUGUCCAUGAUAUUAUUAGAACAGCUUUAUACUUACAUCUCAAACAGGAAAUGUCUACCAAUUCCUGGCCCAGUUGCCGGCCUUCGCAAGAGAAAAUGCGGCAAGAACUUGCGAUUUGAUCACCACCCUGGAUUUCCGCCCAAUAUUCUCUCUCUUCGCCAUUUGAUUCAACAUCAAAGGCAAUACAGCGAUUACGAAUACCUCCUCACCACCCAAUUCAUCUGCAAGACCGUCGUCCACCUCCCCAACAUCCGCUUCGUAAUCUUUGAGGGUCUCAAUAUGGAAGAAUACAAAGCUCCAUUUGUAUUCAUGAACGCACCCCUCGCUGUAAUCAAGAAGAUCCUGGCCAUUAGCGCCCAUGGAAUGCAAGAAUUGGAUCCAAAUUGGAUCAAGGAAUUUUAUCAUCUCGUGUAUCUUGAUAUUUCCUACACGGCCAGAGCAGAGAAUUUCGGAAUGGCAUUCAAUGCCGAUAGCUUUGUGUUUUUGCGGGUGUUGAAGAUGAGAGGUUUGAGGCUUACGGAUAAUCUUGUUCCACCUCUUGUUUAUUCUACGGGUAGGAAAUUGUGGAGUUUAGGUGAGCAUUCAUUUUCUUUUUUCUAGUUUGAGUAGACAUGUUUUUUCCAACGUAUUAGUGCGAGAUAAUACUUUCCGAAAGGUUUCGGAGAGCUAUAUUCCGCGAGUGGGGUUACAAUGUACCUGAAUUUUACUCUUUUCGUAUAUUUGAAGUUCUAGUUUUGUUUUCUCUCGUUUGAUUAUAGAUCUUUUUGACUUCAGAAUAUGGAUUUCGUUCAAUGUAUAAGCGUGAGAUUAUAUCUUCGAAAAGUCUCGGAGAACAGAGUUACAUGUAUUAGGUUACAAUACACUUAAUACUUACACUCAUCGCAACUUUCAAUUUCCAGCUUUACUAAUCUAAUUUGGUUAGAAAGUAACACUAGAGAAACGAAGUUACCCAUAAUUGUUAAUUUUUAACCAUUUGAAAUUACUUUUCUUUAUUUCGUUUCUCUAGACUAGUUAAACGAUAUAUUUCACAGAGAUUUCUUUGGAUUGUUGUUAAUAUCUCUCUUCUUUUCUCUUAUUUUGUUUUCCUAGACUAUUUAACCAAGAGAUUUUACAAAGAUUUCUUUAGAUUAUUAUUACUCUCUCUCUUGUCUUCUUUUAUUUUAUUUUCCUAGAUUAUUUGACGAUGUAUAUCACAAAGAUUUCUUUAGGUUAUUUUUAUUAUCUCUCUUGUUUUCCCUAAUUCAGAUUAUCUAAAUUGUUCAAAAACUGUAUUUUUUUGAAGUUUCUUACAGAUAUUAACGUUAUCUCUAAACUUUUCCUUAAUUUCAUUACUCUUUAUUUAUUUAUUUAUUACUAUUUAACGUCAGGCGGAAUCUAACUCGCGUGGGCUAGGUCCUAAAAGUCCCAUUGUUGGGCAAAUGACGCUAGGGGGGUGCCCUAGGCUACAGGGGGUGUAAAUGAAAGUGCGCUAAUUUACAAGAGAUAGUUUAAAGAGAAGCCCCACUUCCGGAACAGCUCUCAUUCUGAGUUAGUUUAAGAGCCAGAGUAAAAAUAAGUUAACAGUGUACAAGAUAGUGAGUAGAGAACAAGAGAAGAACUAUAUAAGACAGAGACCAAAGAACAGUAGAAAGAGGAGAUAUAGUGUAAGGAAGAAGAGGACUAUCUAGGAGGACAGAUCCUAGAGUAGAACUUUGUCUUAUAGUAGAUCUUGUGAAACAGUUCCUCGCAUUGUGGUCCGAAGAGGAGUUGAGGGUUCCUCUGAGCCUUUGCAAAUAGCUCAGGGGCUACUCUAUUUGCUAGCCGGCAAAAUAGUAGGUGAAAUUGAGUCUUUUCUCUUCCACACUUACACUCCCCUGAAGUAAGUAGCGUGUCGAGGUGAAAGAAGCGAAGGUGAUAAAGAGUAAAGUCACCGUGGCCAGAGCGAGCUGCAAUUAAGCGAGCAAGAACCUCCCUUGGUAAGCGAAGUGAUUGAGGCUUCGAAGACCAGUUGUUAAGCCCUAGGUCCUUGUAUAAGCUUGGAAGCGUGGUUUUCCAGAGUUUCUUUGCAAGCUGAACCCCUGUCUCUUUAACUUCUCUUCUAAGUGUAGCAGUGCAGAGUAUAGAAGGGGGGUCAGGAGGAGGUAGCCGAGCGCCUCUUCCCGCAGCUCUGUCCGCAAUCUCAUUCCCUUGAAUUCCAAUGUGACUAGGGCACCACCUGGUUUGAACUUUCCCAGGGUAUAAAAGAGCUAACUCGUUAACCCUAUUAAAGGUCCCUUGCGAGGUGCCACAGGAUCGGUAGGUCAGUUGAAGUGUAGCUUCAAGAUUGUCAAGGCAAAUCCAGCACGUCCUAAAUUUGUCGAAAAACAUUAUUAAGUUUAUAGUAUCAAGUUAUUUUUACAUACUUAUUUGAACUUCUUUUCUCUUUUCAUAUUAUUCAACAAUCUAAAAAUUUCAUAUCAUUUUUCUACAUUUUUGCCGUGAAAACCCGAUAUCAAAUUGCUAACUCAAACCAGACAUCCGAGACAACUUCCUCACCGACAUCACCAUCCAACACCUCCUCUCCUCCUCCUUCCAACCCCCAAUUCCCCUCCCAGAGGCCCCUAUCUCGCGGUCUCGCGAUGAAACCCUAUUCUCGCACCCACCACCAUACAGAAGACACUGGGAAGUAGACACCCACUCCCAGAUGGGCACAUUCCUGGCAAAAGCCCGUUCUGAUUCUCUCUCCGGUAUAAUCUCCUACCUUCAAUCAACCGGAAACCUCCUCCAAAGCGGCCCAGUCCUCGACGUAGAGGACGGCCUCAACCAACCAACAGGUCUCACACACCUGUACAUCUCCGGCAACAAACUCUCACGAUACUCCGGCGAAGCCCUGCUUUCCCAGAAUCGGCUGCUGGUACUAGAUCUCGGAGCUAUACAAAUCGCUCCACCGCAAGAAUUGCGGGUUCCUUAUACGACGGCACUAGGAAUGGUGGAUCCUAAACCACUAAACUACGAGUUGGGAUGUCGACUCCAGAGUUUGCGAAUCCAUCACUCGAUCGUAACAUCCAUCCCCACCAUCAUCCCCUGCUCCUCACAAGGCUACCAAAAGCCACAUCUCCACCACGCCGACCUCUCUCCCACCUAUCUCAACGAGUCCGGCCCCUUUCUACCAGGGAAGAAUCACGGAAUCGAGACUCUAACACUAACACACCUCCCCAAAACCUCUUACGGCCCAACCAUCACGCGUCUCACAGCCUUCCUCGAUGCUUGUGUGCAGCAAGAGGCACUUCUCAAUCAAGUUAAAGAGGGGAUGGUGAAGAAUAGGAGGGCGCCUGAGGUACUUCCAGGUUUGAAAGUCCUCCGAUUGGAGUUUUUGCGCCCGGAUUUGAGGGUUGGUGGGGGUGGUGUUGCGGCGUCGGGGGAUGAGGAUGCGGAGAGGUUUUUAGCCGAGUCUGAGGGGGACUUUUCGUUUUUUGAGGAGGCGCGGGGUGCUGGGGAUGAGGGGCAGGGUAGCGGUAAGGGGAAGGAGAGAUUCGAGGCGAGGGAGGAGGAAAUGGAUGUUGUGGAGUGUUUGAAGGGUUAUAGACGGGAGAAUAAGGGGUGGAGCGGGAAGUUGGAGAUUGUUUUUAUGUGA